AUGGGCAGCGCCGGCAAGGUCGUGCGCACGGCGCUGCACGCCUUCUUCCGGCACUACCACCCGGCGUCCUCGGCGGCGUCGCUCCUCGCGCUGCCCUUCUCCGCCGCCGCGCUGCUCUCGCGCUCCCACCCGGCGCUGCUGGCGCCGUCGCACGCCCUCUCGCACCGCCUCCGCCGCGUCCUCGUCGCCGCGGGGUUCCCGCCGGCGUCCCAGCUCCUCUUCCUCCUCAGCCACCGCCUCUCCCAGCGCGCCUGCGCGUUCCUCACCGCGCUUCCCUUCUCUCUCUCGUUCCUGCUCCUCGCCAAGGUCGUCAACUGCCUCGCGCUCCUGCUCGCCAACGCCGCCGUCUUCGCCGCGCUGCUCGCCGCGUUCAACGCCGCCGAGGCGCUGCACCUGCUGGGCGGCGCUCCCUCCGGCUCCGGCAGCGGCAGGGCGGUGCUCGCGCUCUCAGCGGCCGGCGUGAUCGUCUACUCGGUGGCGCUGGCGAACGCGUCCGCGGUGUGCAACCUCGCCACGGUGGUCGCGGCCGCCGAGGGCCGCGGCGGCGCGCACGCCAUGCUUAAGGCGCUCCUGAUGGUGCUCCGCGCCGGCGACGCCGCCACCGCCGUCGCGGCGUCCCUGCCGGCCAGCCUCGCCGCCGCCGCCGUCGAGGCUCUGUUCCAGCUCAGGGUGAUGCGGCCGUACACGCUCACCGGCAAGGUGACCGCGGGGAUGCUCUGCGAGGGGCUCCUCGUCGCCUACAUCCACGCCAUGAUCUGUGUCCUCGACACGGUCAUCACCAGCAUGGUCUACCAGACCUGCAAGGCCAGCCAUUCCUGCCACCUCUUGGAGCUGGAGCUGGAUGGCAAGGAGGACUUGAGGGUCUGA